AUGCGCCGUGCUGGAGCACUUUUGCGGCGCAAACUCCCAGCAUACUUUUCCGGUCUGCGGACGCGCAUUCGCAACUGGUGGAGGGGCAUGCCAGAUGUUGUGAGAUUCCAGCCGGAAGAGCCGGGAGAUGCCCUUGUCGCUCGUCUACUGGCUGAAUUGCGCGGGAUAGGCGGGCGGCCUCAAGACAUCAAAUGGGAGCACGGAGCUUUCGACGACUGCGUGUCUUCAACCUCCUUUCCUCCUGAUGCCCCGGUACAGGUUGUCUCAGAAAUUACGGGAAGCUCCAGGACGUUUGUGCGAGGUCCGCCUCUCGGGAGAGGCGGCUUUGGCAUCGUGUUCUUAGCACGAGACGUAGAGACCAAUGAGGAGGUUGUUCUGAAGGCUGCUAUCAAGGACGGGGUCCUUGCGGAAACGAUCCCAGCCGAUGUGCAGAAGGAAGCAUUUUUCUACCGUCAGCUUCGAGGUGUGAAAACGCCAGAGGAUGCUCACUUGCAUCUAAGGCUCCUAGUUGCCGCCGACGUUGUGAAGGUUGCACACGCUCCAGCGAUCAAGCUGUGCGGGGCGGGAAUGUCGCAGCCUAGACGGUGGGUCCCCAACUUGUUUCUUGUCAUGCCGAAGGCAGAGACUGACCUGGAACGGCUUACAACAACAUCAUUUGAAGAAGGCCCCACUGUCAGCGAGAGUGAGCUCGGCCGCGCUGCACGCUUGCAGCUGAGCAUCGGCAUCAUUCAAACGGUGGCCAACCUCCACGACCAGGGAUUAGUUCAUGUCGACAUCAAGCCAGGAAAUUUCGUAGUCAUGAGUGACGGGCGACUCUUUCUCAGUGACUAUGGCUCAUGUGAGAAGCUGGGAACGGUCAGGAAAGAAGUAGGAACGACAGAGGGGUACCUCCCCCCAGAGAAGGACAAGUUUGGAGGGGUUCGUUAUGCACAGGCGUUUGACGCGUGGCAAGUCGGUCUAUCUCUGUACAUGCUUUGGUGCAAGGACAGGCCUGAAGGGUUUGGCCGUGUACUGGUUUUGGAUUUUAGCAAGUGUCCUGUGGAUCCGCCAGAGGCAAUCAAGGACCUCAUUCGGUGGUUCCUACAAAAGGACGAGGGGCUCCGGAUGCUGCCUUUGCGUGCCAUGCGAACUCGGCGGUUUCGCCAGAUAAAGAAGGAGGUUGAGCGGUCGCUGCGACAUUUCGCCAUACAGCCUCCAUUAGAAACAGGCGAAGAGACGCAGUCGGUGAAACUAGAGCAGGCGUCUUUGGCGGAGGCUACGGAACGUCCUGGGGAACGUGGAAUGACGGAUACGAUGUCGACAGGCGUCGAGGCGUAG